GCGGGUCUUGAAUGGCCGCCGCCUGUGCUCUGAAACAGCGAGCAUGGCGGACGCAACACGGCUGAUUCCAGCGCUAAAGCACGGCGUUAAGCACAGAUACCGUAAACUGAGCACACCGAAAGGAGCCCUUGGCCGCGUAGAAAAAAUUAGGGAAACGCUGACGGCUCUGUUCAAGCACGAACGGAUUGAGCUGAACCACCCCCGGGCCGACGAAGUGCGAGGAUAUGCCGAGCGGCUGAUUUCAGAAGCAAUUCGAUAUGGCGACUGCCACACCAGGACCAUGGAACUUGCAGACUACUGGAUAAAAGAGAAGCAGCUGGUGCACAAGCUGUUCAAGGUGCUGGCGCCUCGCUUUGCCACCUACGAGGGCGCGUACACACGCUUGCACAUACUGCCCACACCCUUCAAUGACAAGUUCAACAGCAUGCAGUCGGGACCCUACUACAAGUAUAACUGGGUCGCCCUAGAGCUCAAAGGCAACCCAUACCCUCCGGUGCCCGGAACUGUGGCUCCCAACCCACACUUCCUUCCAAAUGUGUUGCUCUCAGAGGCACGCAAGGAGAUACACCGGAUGCAGUUCCCAGAAAAGGUUGCACCUGUCGCACCACCCGAACCCGGGACGUCAUUAGUGACCCAGAGGUCAGCUUCCAGGCCCGCCACUCCGCUUGGGGGCACCCCUCCCACCAAGUAGAUAGCGUUAUGAUGUAAAUAAACUGU